CCGCCGCCCGCUACAACCAGGUCUGAUCGGGGCUUUUUUUUCCCUCUUGCAAAUUAUUCUUUACUCUUUUAUUUUUAUUUUAUCCUUUUAGGAAACAGGAACGGUACGCAUCAGCAAACACCUCAAGUCGAACAGAGUUAAAGCUUCAUCCCAUCUGUGCUUCUGGUCGCCCGCAACGCCCCGAGCCAUAUUUGGUUGUUAGACCAGUCGCGUCGCCCCGCUGUUUGACCCAGCCUGUCAGGGAAGGGAUAAAAAAAAAAGACAGAAAGAAAGAAACCUCGUCCAGGGUGCCUGUCACGAUAGAAUACACCUGACUAGAGACGGACCAGACGCCUACGCAACAGGUCCUUAUUACCAAAGUCUUGCGCGCGACUGUCGAUCCGCGUCCGCACUCGCUACCCUGUUGCUUUCUGCCGAGCUUGGGCUACGAUCGACCACAGACCUCGCAGUCCCCAACCAAGCGCCUCCGUUUUGCAAUCUCGCAUUCUCCAUCUUUGCGACGAUACGGCCAAACGUUUGGAUGGCGAUAUCCCUUUUUUAGGAAAAAGAUUACUUGCAAGGUAACUUGGCUACUGCUACCUUGGGUACCUUACUUCCGAUCCUAGUCGGCCCUCGCCUACCCACGUUCUUUUUUUUUUCUCGAUUUUUUUUUUCUUGCCUUUCAGUUCAACGCCCCCCGGUGUGUGUGUACUGUAACGCUCCUACAUACCUUGCCGCACCUAGGUACCGCACACCAACCGCGCAUACCCGAAAGCCCACACACGGCCCCGGCUUCAAUCUCAUCUUUGCCUGUCCCUGCUUUCCUUCCGAUCGGGCAGUUGGCAACUUCGCCUGAUGAAGUGCCUUUCGAUGGCAUACGCUUGCGCAAACCUUGUCUGACAUUUGUCGCCUCCGCUGCACAGCACAAACUUCGCCGCCUCGGCCGUCUUGAUGUACCUUCCUAGACAUACCUCGACUUCUCCCUACACCCUGAAGCAUGGACCACGGCCCGGACCCUAAGCGGCCACGGCUUGGGCAAGAACCCAACUCGUCGUGGUCCCCCGCAAGGCCGGCGUAUCCUUCUUACACUACCCUCCCACGUCUCCCCGAACAACCGUCUGGUCAACCGCACCAGCACCAGCAUCAACAUCAACAUCAACACCAACAUCCCCCUCACAACCACUAUCCUCGGAGCACCGAUUCUCCAGCUCUGCCGCCGUUACUUACGAGUCCAUACCCCAACAACCGCUCCCAUGAGGCGGAUCCGUACCCUGCCCGGCCUUCGCAACCGCCACAGUCACCGGCGCAUCCUCCUUACCAACCAGCCUAUUCGCCCCGCGAAUCGCCAGGUGGUGGUGGUGGUGGUGGUGGCGGUAUGAAGCGAGAUCCCGAAGAACACAUACCCCAUCCGAACAAUCGCCGCCAGAACUCGACAGGAAAUGCGCCCGAACCACACCCGGUGACUCCUCACGGUCUUCCAGCGCAUAGCAUGCAGGCGCAGUCGCCCGCAGCGCCUCCGCCUUCGCAGCAUUCGCAGCCGGCCCAUCGACCGCAGCAUCAACAACCUCUCCCUCAACAGCCGCUGCCCAUAGACGACCGGAGACAGCCCAGCUUCGAUAACGGCCAGUCUGGACCCAUGUUUCGCCAGCAACAGAACUACGCGCCGCCGCCACCGCCUCCUCCUCCUCCCCCUCAACCACACAAUCACGCUCAUAUUCAGUCGCCGUAUGAGCAGUCUCCAACCCACAAUAUGUAUCCUACACCUUACCAGAACAACCAAGAAUAUAGUCCAUAUGGGAGUGCAUCGUCGGCGGCUACCAGUAAACAGAGGCCCAAACACCAGCGCGCGUCCCAGGCUUGUGAUCGGUGCCGACAUCUCAAGGCCAAGUGUGAUGAGCAGAAACCAUGCAAGAACUGCAAAGAGAAGAACGAACCUUGUAACUACAAGGAGCCAAUAGUUAAACAACAAGACAAGGUCCAGACGGAGCUCCUCGAGGCGGUCACCAGCAUGAGUACGAGCUUUGCCGACAUAAAGUCGUUGAUUUCGGGGGUUGAUUCGCGUCUGAGUACACGUCUUACGAAUCUGGAAGAAGCUAUGAGGACAAUAGUCGCUGCGAUCAGGCCUGGCGCCGCGCAAUCUUUCCCUUUUUCUGUCAAAAGGGAGUUGAGCGGAAGUGAGGAUACUGCUUCAAAUGGACCGCACGAAUCCCCGAAUUCUGGACGCGGCGAGCCGAUUGGAAGUCCUCAAGUGCCCAUAUUAGAGCACACUGACAGGCAGCAAGCAAUUGAGGCAGCUCAUUCGGCGACUGCUGAAGAGUUGGUUUUUUCCAAGGAGGCCGAGGAACCAAUCGCGCCUGUUAUUAUAGACGACGACAGAGCAGAUGUCCCACCUGGCUCCCCGGUACCUGCGGGGAAACCUGCAAUUCCAGAAAACCAUACCACAGGAACUGGCAAUUUGCUCAUGUGGCCACCCAUCCAAAGCCUCGUGGGCCACCUUCUGGUAGAACAUGGCAUCAAGUACCCAAAGACCUACCCGCUCACCAUCGAGGAAAAUAGGGGCUUGUUACAUUUGUAUGGUCGAGGAGAAGGAAGCAAAAAGAGGCCGGGUGGGAGGGAGGUUCCUAACGACUUGGGACUUCUCACGUCUACCUAUCCUGAAGACGUAGCACCAUCGCCUUCAUCCAACAAUGACUGGGGCUGCAUGGAUGCUAUGGAAACCGCGCCUUUUAGUCCACAGAAUCUUCCUCCAACCCCUGAAACGAAGACCCCUUCUCGAAAGACAGUCGGAGGCCUAAGGUUCGACCCUGAGCAUGUGUGGAAGCUUGUGGACAGCUACAAGGAAAACAUGCAGAACAUGCAUCCCAUCAUUUUGCCCAAGGAUCUGGACGCCCUGAUCAAAAACUUCCUCGACAGCCUUCCCACGGUUUUCGUUACCAAAUCUACCAGGCCGCCACCAAUCGCAGGGUUUGCCGCAAAGCACGAAAUUGUGGGUGAAAAGCGGAAACGAGAGGAUACAGACGAUGGCUCGGAACCCAAGGUCGCGCAUCAAAAACGUCCCGCGCCGUCUCGCCACAUCACCACUGCUGUAGUUCUCUGUAUUCUUGCCCUGGGCGAGAUCUGUUUACACAAGGAUCGUAUCCCCGAUAUCGUUCCAACACAUAGCGAGAUGCAAGGUCAGGGUUCCUUCAGCUCUCAGCCCUACGGCUCCCAAGGUUCCCCGGCCUCUCGGAAUGGUGUACCACCAUCCCCCGUCCAGGGGACACCGCCUUCGGUAACUUCGCACCCGACAGGCAGCAGGCGAGCCUCUUUUCAGGGUUCCUCCGGUUCUACACCAGGGCCAAUAAGGAGAAAUAUGGAUGUGAUUCCGGGUCUGCAGUACCUAGCAAAUGCUACCGACAUUCUUGGCAAUCAAAUGGGAGGUACUUCCAUAUGGCACGUAUACGCCAACAUUUUGGCUGGUCUUUAUUACGGUCAGCUGGGCAGGGUUAUGGAGAGUUAUUGGCAUAUCCAUCAUGCCUGCGUCAAGGCGCAGCAUCUUCUGAGGAACCACUUCUCUCGUCUCACUGCUGCAACAAAAGGCGGAAAACAAGACAUCAAGGACCUCCGGUACUAUCUCAUUUACUGGACGUGUAUGCAACUUGAAAGCGACAUUAUCGCCGAGCUGAACCUACAACAGUCGGGCAUCAGUAACUACGAGCAGAGCAUGCCGCACCCUAAUUUGGAACACAUGAUUGAGUGCGGGAUCGACCAACGUGUCGCCUAUAGCUACUACGGGCAGCUAUGGCUACGAAAGACUCUCAACAAGGCGCACACAUUCCUAUACGGGCCCAAGUCUGAAAGAGACAAUUUUGACCUGAUAGGACUGGUGGAAAUUCUACACUCGAAUUUGACAGAGCAGGAACUUCUUUGGUGGCCCAAGUUUCAUGACCAUGAUCCCCCGACUCCGGCCGACAACAUCCUCGACGCUAGGCUGCGAGCUAAGUACUGGGGCGCCAUGAACAUUAUUUGCCGGCCCGUUAUCAAAUCUAUCCUGAUGAAAGAUUAUCCGGGGACGCAGGAAGGGCUCGACAAGUCUGAUCCUUUGAACGAGCUUUUGGAUCCCUCCGACAACACUGUUUUGGAGAUAGCAAAGACGGGCAUCAACGCGCUUAUUCAUAGCACCAAGGCCUUCCACAAUCUUGCUGAACGGCGGUAUAUUGUCACCAACAUCUUUGGUACCGCUCAAGCUCAGUGGGGCAACCUGAUUACCCUUGCCGCGGUCUACAGGAACCAGUAUCUCUCACAUUUCAUCGACCCUGCGGAGCUCAAGUACCUUUUCGACAAGAUGAUACAGUUCUUGGACGUGGUCUCGCAUCGAUCAAGCUCCCUCGAGGUUGACGGGAAAAUCCUCGUUGGUCUGAGGGACACUCUGUUUCCCACGGGGUUAUCCCGACCCGAGCCGCUGUCAGCCACCCACCCAAGCUUGUCCCAUAUGACAAGUAUUCACACGUCAAUGGCGACCCAUCCCGAUUUCCACCACUUGUCGAUGAGUCCCGUACAUACCAGCCCUAUAGUACCUCAAUUUGGGCCUCAGCCGAUGCCCUCGAAUGGUCUACCGCCGUUCUCUUACUCUCCUCAUCCUCAUCAGCCGCCCCAUCCAACACCCAACGGAGCAGUGGAUGUUCAGGUACCUCGAUGAAAGUGCUCCCAGGAAAGCGGAACUCGCAUUCACCACACCAUCAAGGUUCUCUGCUAGCAAGAAACAGGCUGUUGCAGUACGCUCCUGCUAAGCCUCGCUUCCCUUCAGAUUCUACCUGCUGUGUCAUGUUGACAGGGCUCGCCCGAAAAGCAAGUUUGGCGAAUGUUCAAGACCGGACCCGACAUGGCCUGAUUUGCCGUGGCGACAGAGGGCUCGCUGCAUUUAAUUACUUGGGAAAGCUCGCGCUGCAAAGGAUUGCAGUUGAGCUCUACCACAUAAUUAUCUCGCUAAUAUUUUGCCAUUUAAACACCCUCGUAUUUUCUUCUGGAUUAGGAUCAGCUUCUCCCUUUUUUUCUGGCUGGCAUCUUGCUUGCAUUUAAGAUCAUACUUGUUUCAUGUUCUUUUCCUUUCCGACUUGACAAGAUAAUGACGGCCCCUCAUGUGGAUGAAGCUGUUUUAUGGCAAAGGCAACAAGUAUCAUGCUCAGCGACGUUUUGUAUUCUUUGUUUAUCUUCUUGGAUGAAGCGUACCUGCAUACAUACCCAUUUACUAGGUCGGCUUUUUCUUUGAUUUUCUUUUCACUUUCUGAGUUAUGUUAUACACGCAUACUCUAAUGAUGGUAUAUUCCUUUUUCUUUUUUUAUUGCGAGGUGGUACGAAGUGAUAGCUGCGCGGCGGACAGGUCCGUUGCAAGUACAUGUUGCAUAUAUAGAUGGCUGGUUGAGGGUGGAUCAUAUUUGAUCUUGAAGUACUUUGUUGGAUAAGACAUGUUGUUCUUUUUUGGUCUCUUGAAUCUCUUUGUGAGGCAAUAAACAUCAAAGGCCAUCCUUGCAUCUUUUCAG